AUGUAUCCUAAUGGAUCAAGAAUGAUUGCUGUAGAUAUCGAUACAGCUUCUUCCCUUAAGCCCUUUCCGUUUGAUGCAGAUGGAAGAGACUUUGUGCAUUGUUACACGGGAGAUGGUAUCAGUACCACAGGUGGUUAUGGGUUCCGCUGUCCAGGUUGGAAACCCGGUUCCCUUUUCGUCACAUCUAAUGAUCUUCUCGUAUUCGUUGGGAGAGAAAGUAAAGAUGUGUUUACAUUGCAAAGAGUACUAAACCUUGAAGAGAUCUUGAAGAAAGGUUUGGGUUUGUGCUUGCCUCCUUUGCCUCCAACUAUGAAUUUCACUUUUAUGAAAAAAUCUUACACCAACGUGUUUGCCAAGUCAUAUGCCUUGCAUCAAUCUUGGAAAUGGGACUCUCUGCCAUGUCUUGACUAG